AUGAUUGCGAUACAAGGCCAAAGAAGACCAGGUUCUUAAUUUGUGUUCUUCUUCCUCCAGUAGAACUAGCUAGCUAGGAACUCUCUGAUCCACGAACAGAAAUGAAGGAGAAUUUCCUGGUUUUUGUCUUCCUCUAGUUCCAACAAAUCCCAUCUUUCCUGUUUCAAUUGCUUGUUUUGUUUAUUAGUUUAUUGGUUGAUAAACAGUCAAGCUUCCUCCUGUUGAGCACCGGCCAAGAACAUUAAUAGAAAGAGAGAGAGAGAGAGAGAGAGAAACAAGAGAGAGGUUGCAAAAGGAGAAAGAAAGAAGACAAAAAUUUUGAAUAAUAUCCAAUCUCUUUUCAUAUUUUUUCUUCCUUCAAUGUCGAAUACCACAGGUGGUGAGGGUGGGAGCUUCACUACUUCAGGUAAUACUGGUGGUGGAGAAGAAGUUCAACAACAAAGAGAUCAGCAGCUGAGCGCAGAUCAUCACUUCAAUGGUUCCUCUACUACUAAACAGCAGCAACCUCCAUCUCAUGUUAAGAAGAAAAGAAACCUACCCGGAACUCCAGAUCCAACAGCUGAAGUCAUCUCUCUAUCACCAAAGACCCUUAUGGCUACAAAUAGAUUUGUUUGUGAAAUUUGCAAAAAGGGGUUCCAAAGGGACCAAAACCUUCAACUGCAUCGGCGAGGCCAUAAUCUGCCAUGGAAGCUUAAGCAAAGAACGAGCAAUGAAAUCAGAAAGCGAGUGUAUGUUUGCCCAGAAACUUCAUGUGUGCAUCACAACCCGGCUCGUGCAUUAGGUGAUCUUACUGGCAUUAAAAAGCAUUUUAGUAGAAAACAUGGGGAGAAAAAAUGGAAAUGUGAGAAGUGCUCCAAGAAGUAUGCAGUGCAGUCUGAUUGGAAAGCUCAUUCAAAGACCUGUGGAACUAGGGAAUACAAAUGUGACUGUGGCACCAUCUUCUCCAGGAGAGAUAGCUUCAUCACUCACAGAGCCUUCUGUGAUGCCCUAUCUGAAGAAAACAACAAAGUAAAGCAAGUAUUAUUGUCCAACACUCGACCAAAUCUACAAGCUGUCCAGGUCUCGGAGCUCAUGUCCUCAGUACCCAUGAUCAACAACAUUAAUCCAAACCCAUCAAGUACUACUGGAACAUCCGGAUUCGACCCAUCUGCCGAUACUAAAUCUCCAUUGUUGCUGCCCCAAGAACUCAUGACUUUCCCUACAAAGCCCUUGAACAUGACUAGUACUGCUGGAAGCCUCUUUAGCAGUCCCAGAAGCAUUUCUUCUCCCCCAGCUUCCUCCCUUCAUGAGCCCAAAACGAGUUCUUCUUCAACCAUUUUUAAGGGAACUGGACACCAAUUAGGUGGCUCACCCCACAUGUCCGCUACAGCAUUGUUGCAGAAAGCUGCUCAAAUGGGCGCAACCGUGAGUAAUAGUGGCAUGAACAGUAGUACAUUGAUGCAGAAUAACUUUGUUACAAGCAUGGCCCCGGCAUCGUUUGAUCAAUCAUUUGUAAACCAGUUCAUCCAAAAAGGCCAACAAGAAAUCUCAUCACAUGAGUUUCUCAACGCAAAUCGCAUGCUUGAUAACUUGGGAAUUAUGAGCAAUAUGGGAAUGCUAAGCAAUCUCGUUGAUCAAAACAAUCCAUUGAUGAAGAACGUAAAGCAAGACAUGAACAGCAACAGUAAUACCGGAUUGCAUGGUGGAAACUCAAAUGCAGGGUUCAGUACUAGUACUAGAGCAUCCGUAAGAGAAGGUAAUGGGAGUAGUAGUACUGGGGAUAUGAUGACCGUGGAUUUCUUGGGGAUCGGAGGAGCAGCAAGACAUGGGAGUUUUUAUGAACAACAGCAACAAGAAAUGGCUUUUGAAGACGGAAAUAUUGGUCAAAGAAUUGAUCAGGGAUUGAGUCACUUUCAUGAGCAACGAACAUUGAUAGAAAAAACCAUGUGGGAGGUUUGACAAUAUGAAUUCUUUUUUUUUUUUUUCCAACUUUCUUGAUCAUCAACACCUAGUACUCCCUUCUUGCAAAAGGCUUUCUAGCUAGCAAGCAGUCCAUGAUCAUGUAAUGAAUAUUUUCCAUAUAUUUUCUAAUUCCCUUGUAACUUUGGUGCCGAAGUGACGUACUUGCGGCCAUGCAUGAAAAGAAACCAAAAGUGUCUUUGCUAAA